AGACGAAUAUCAUAUAAAAACACAUUUUUUGCCUCUGAAUUCAAGAAAUUCUCUAUUCAACCCAGUUGCUAUUUGGAAUUUUUUUUCAAAUUCAUUUGUAUGUAAAUUGACCCUUGAUAUAAGUUCUUAUCGAUUUCUUGAAAGUGAGAGUGAAGAUACAUUUGAUACUGCUGAAGAAAGUGCAGAAGGAGAGCUUUUAGAGAUUGGACAGAGAUUAAUCUUUUCAUCUUUCCAUUUCUCUUUCUGCAGAAGGUAAGAUCAUAUUAUCCUCGUCUCGUGUUCUUGUAAGAACCGGUGCUCCUCUUAGGUUCAAUGGAGAGGACGAAAAUUCUCGACUAACGAGUUUAAAUAAAUUGCAUUUUGCAAGUAUUGACAAAUAUGGAGGAGGGCACAACAGCUGAAUGCUCACCAUCAAAUUCGGAACAAAGAGGAAACGCAAAAUCUCAUUCGCAAUGACAUGGAUUUCUUCGAAAACUGAAGAAAGGGUCGACCAUGCAUUUGCAUCCGUUCCAUCCUAACUUACCGAACUUUCAUUCAAUCAGUUGAAAAGACGACGGAAUGCGCAGAGUUUGUCAGUAUUGCCACCCCUUGUCUACCCUAAUUUGAUAUACAACUUUAAAUCUACAUGGAAGAACUUUUCCCUCUCCCACCUCCAAUCAGCAACAGACAACUUUAACCAUGAAAACCUGAUCGGGGAGGGAGGUUAUUCUGAAGUUUACCAGGGUCGAUUGGAAGAUGGCCAGCUAGUAGCGAUCAAGAGGUUGAUCAGAGAAACCCCGACUCAUAAGGCAGAAGACUACUUAUCAGAGCUCGGGGUUUUAGUACAUGUCGACCAUCCAAACAUUGCGAGUGUUAUAGGCUUUGCACUUUAAGGAGGGAUGCAUCUUGUUCUUCCCUUGUCUAUUAAUGGGAGUAUGCUCAAUGGUUUCGUUCAUUAGAAGAGGUCGUUAGUCUUUCUUUCAGUUUAUAACAACCAAAAACCUUAAUUUCUCAUGUCCCUCCCUCGACUACUCAGGUCAAAGGGAGAAGCUAGCAUGGUGCUUAAGGUACAAGAUUGCCUUAGGCGUCGCCUCUGGCAUUACAUAUCUUCACAAGGGCUGUCAACGGAGAAUUAUCCACAGAGACGUCAAAUCUGACAAUAUUUGCCUACUGAAGAUUUUGAACCUAAGAUCACGGCUUUUGGGCUCACAAAGUGGAUUCCCGACCAGUGGACUCAACUCACCGUUAUGGAGUUAGAAGGAACGUUUACGCAAGCUUAAAUUCUAAGGAAGAAAACAGGGUAUUUCCUAAAUCCUUCUGAAAAUUCAGUAUGAUCAAUUGUUUUCCUGGUUAUGUAUGAGCAGGUAUCUCCCUCCUGAGCUUUUCAUGCAAUGCACAGUGGAUGAGAAAACUGAUGUUUAUGCUUUUGGAUUACUUUUGUUAGAGCUCAUAACUGGUCAACCAGUCAUAGAUGAUUCACACCAAAGCCUCGUGAUGUGGGCCAAGCCUAUGCUUAUCGGUAAAAACUAUGCAGAGCUAGUUGAUCCAUCACUUGGUGAAGCUUAUCAGAAGGUCAAGCCUGCUUCUAUAUGUAUACAUCAGUCUUCUACAGAAAGGCCUAAAAUGAGUCAGGUUGUGCGGAUGUUAAAAGGCAACGAAGGCAUACUGCCGAUCAAGUAAAAAUUCCAAAAGAGACCUGCAAUUAGGAGGACAUAUUCUGUAGACUUCAUUGAGGAAGAAGAAUGUACAGCCUAAUCUUCAACAUGAUAUAGAUAGCAAAGCAACAAACCAAGAUGUUUAUAAGGAUGUUAGAAUCUAUGUACAUUAUGCUUCUUGCAGAUUAUCAUUUGAAGAUUUGAAUUGGAGACUCCAAGAAAUUAGGUUUGUAAAUCUUAAGGAAGAUUUUUAGGAUUGAGCUCUCUGUUGUGAAUAUUCAACUAAUAUGUACAAGAAGAGAUAAGAUGAACUAUUAUAAAUGCAUUUUUUUCUUCAUA